AUGUAUAACGCUCAUCGCGGGAUGGUGCCCGCUCCCAACUCCCGUCUGACGGAGUUGUUGGAUCAGCUGCGCCAGGAAUUUGAGAGCCAGUCUCGCAGUACCGGUGAAUUUGAGCACCAGUUUACCGGCCAGCUCCAGGAGAUGGAGAUGAUCCGUCAGAAGGUGUAUCAACUGGAGCAAACCCAGGUUAAGAUGAAACAAGACUACGAAGCUGAGAUCCGCCACCUGCGACACGAGCUUGAGUCGCGCGGUGUGCAAACCGUCUCCCACAUCACACCUGCGGCGCACACAGCUCCCCCAGGCCAACCACCACAGGUCGGCCAUGGCCCGAGCAACCUGUUUAGUGGCAUUAUGGCCAACCAAGGAGGUAGUGGUCCCGGUCUUGCCCCUCCCCCACCCCAGGAUCAGCAGCUUCCCCAGCAUGCCCUUCAACAGCCUGUCGCGGCCGCCCAGCCUGGACAGCCCCUGCAGAGCUCCUUUGGAGGAUAUCCACCGGGCGCUGCUGUGACCGGCUACGGUGGUCCCCCACCACCUCCAACCGCAUCCCCCGGCCCUGGAAAGGGUCGACGCGCGGCUCCCGGACCGGCUACCCCGCAACCGACUCAGCUGGCUUACCCUGAUCCUCGUGCAUCUCCUCAGAUCCGACCGACCCCUCCAGGCACACAGGCGGCCCCCGUUGUUCGUGCGGAUCGCCCAGGUAACAUGUUGGCCAACUGGAACCCCGAGGACCUGCCCCCGUCGCAGAAGCGCGAAGGCACAGACUGGUAUGCGGUGUUCAACCCAGAGGUCCAACGUGUGCUGGAUGUCGAGCUUGUGCAUCACCUUAGCCACGACAGUGUAGUCUGUUGUGUUCGGUUCAGCCGUGAUGGCAAGUACCUGGCGACCGGUUGCAACCGCUCGGCCCAGAUCUUUGAUGUGACCACAGGACAAAAUGUGGCAACCCUGCAAGAUGAGAACGUCGACAAGGAUGGCGACCUGUACAUCCGCAGCGUGUGCUUCAGUCCCGAUGGGAAGUACCUGGCAACGGGUGCGGAAGAUAAGCAGAUUCGGGUUUGGGAUAUUGCUUCUCGCACCAUCAAGCACAUCUUCACCGGCCACGAGCAAGACAUUUACUCGCUCGAUUUCGCAGGCAAUGGCCGCUACAUCGCCUCGGGCAGUGGUGAUAAGACCGUUCGUCUCUGGGACAUCCUCGACGGCAAGCUGGUCUACACGCUCAGCAUUGAGGAUGGAGUCACCACGGUGGCCAUGUCCCCCGAUGGGCACUACGUGGCAGCUGGAUCGCUGGAUAAGAGCGUGCGUGUGUGGGACACGACUACUGGAUACCUGGUGGAGCGACUAGAAAACCCCGAUGGGCACAAGGACAGUGUAUACUCGGUUGCCUUCGCACCCAAUGGUCGCGACCUGGUCAGCGGUAGUUUGGACAAGACUAUCAAGUUGUGGGAAUUGACAGUCCCGCGGGGUCUACACCCCCACAAUGGCAUCAAGGGUGGCAAAUGUGUGCGGACAUUUGAGGGCCACAAGGACUUUGUUCUUAGCGUUUGCCUGACGCCCGAUGGUCAGUGGGUCAUGAGUGGUUCUAAGGAUCGUGGCGUUCAAUUCUGGGAUCCGGUCACUGGUAAUGCCCAGAUGAUGUUGCAGGGCCACAAGAACUCCGUUAUCUCUGUUGCCCCAGCGCCAACUGGUAACCUCUUCGCAACUGGUAGUGGAGAUAUGCGUGCCAGGAUCUGGAGAUACUCCAACUAUACUGGUCGGUAA